UAAAUUUGCUCGGCACAGGUCUCUAGUGGGGUAUUGCAAAAAAAGAACAUUUUUCUAAGAGAAAAAUCGAAAUUUUUUCACAAAAGCAUUGACAAAUAUAAAAUUUUACUUUAAUUCUGUAAAAAAUUGUAAAAUAACAAAAUUGCUAACUACUUAAGAAAAUAUAAACGAAAUUACACACAAGAAGCUUUAGAAAACUUAUGCAAAAUUUCAGACAAGUGGUGAAACUAUAGAAACAGUGUGGUGUGGUAACUAAAAAAGACAAAAAAUUGCCAAUAGAAAACGCAAUAUACAUACUAUAGUACUUCAUUAACAGACAUUUGCAGACGGCUUAAGAAAACAAAGAAUAAAUACCCCCAGCAACGAAAAGCAAACAGUAGCCCUCUUACAGUAAUUUUCAAGCCGGCAUAGCGGGCCGCAACAUCCCUUAACCAAAUAGUUACUAUGGCUGAAGCAGUUGUUGAGGAAAGGCCAACAGUGCCAACUAGGUUUUAUUGUCAUAUGUGCGAUGAGGAAAUAAACAUUCCCAAUACUAAUACCGAUUACAUUUGCCCCAUUUGCUCAGGAGGCUUUGUGGAAGAAUUACCACCAGCGGCUGCAGCUUCUAAUAGUAGUGUAGGUGGCAGCAGCAGUACAAGUAAUGCAGGUUUUAUGGGCGGUGGAAAUGACGAGCAGCAACUGGAGACCUUACGUGGUCAAAUAGCCAAUUUAUUGGCUUCCCGCAAUGGUCCCAACCUGGAGAUAAAUAUUAAUCCUAGUUCGAUGCGCAACCAGCCGAGAGGCAUAGUAUCGCUGGGACCCUUACCAACAGGCGGUGGACGUGUCAGACCUCAAAGUCUAGAUCGCUUGGAUGAUGUCUUAUUAAACUUUUUGCAGUCGAUAUCUGUGGGUAGUGGCGCUGUAGCGGGUGAAAUAAAUCCUUUCGACAAUUCGCAACUUUUAUUUAUGGGCAAUCUGGGUGAUUAUGCCUGGGGACGUGAGGGUUUAGAUACGAUUGUUACCCAAUUGCUUAAUCAAAUGGAAACCUCUGGCCCCCCACCUUUGGCCAAGGAUAAGAUUGAUGAUAUACCUAAAGUAAAUAUAAGCGCCGAAGAAGUUGAACGUAAACUGCAAUGUUCCGUUUGCUGGGAAGAUUUUAAAAUAAACGAAAAGGUACGCAAACUACCAUGUUCUCAUUUGUAUCAUGAAGAUUGUAUAGUGCCAUGGUUGAAUUUACACGGCACUUGCCCAAUAUGCCGUAAAUCGCUCAAUGGCGAAGAAGACGACGAAAAUGAUGUUCACAUGGAUAUUGUUGAUGAGCAUCAGCGUCCGGCUACUGCUUCUGUAUGUCCCAUACAUCAACAACAACAACAGCAGCAGCAGUCACAACAAAAUCAGAAUAAUACUACAAGUAAUAAUUCGGAGCAACCUGGUACUAGCAAUUCAGUUGCUAAUACAUCAUCAGCAUCAUCAUCAUCGUCAUCAUCUAGUCAACGUCAGCAGCAACAACGCUCUGAAAAUAUUUUUGGUUUUGAAAAAAUGGAUAGUGUUGAUUUGGACUAAAUAGUUUUUGUUUGUCUCAUUUAUUUUUCUUCUGUUUCUAAACUAGCAUAUAUGAUGAGAAUUGGAAAUAUUAUGUUAUCUAUACAAGGUGAGCGAAAUACAAUUAGGCUGCAUGGAGGGGGGGUUUAUAUAAAAUAAAAAUUAAAUAAAUACAUUUUUAACUGGGUUUCCUUUUGCCAAAUUUAACAAAUAUUUAAAUUGUUUUGGAUUCAGGGAAUUAUUUUGCAAUUCUCAAUUUAUAUUUUGUUUCAGAAAAGAGAGAGACAUAAAAGAUACGAUUUUUUUAAAUAUUUUCAUUAACUUUUUUUUUAAAUUAUAUUAACAGAUGUUUUAUUUUUUUAAAGAAUUUAAAUAUUUGUUUUUAUUUUGGCCAGAUAUUUAAAAAAAUAUUAACUGCGCUCAAUGUAUUAUAAACUACAUUUUUAUAAUUAAAUUAUUUUUUAACGGAUUUUUUUUUAACUUCUUUGGAGUAUUUGGUAAUUUUUAAUCUGUUUCAUUAAUCAACAGAUUUACAGGUUUUGAAGGGGAACAGUAGGAUUAAGCUGGGAACAAACAAAAGAGUAAUGAAAAUUUUAAACGACAAUCAGAAUCUGCCCAACCCAAAAAACUAUUCCCAAAACUAAUGCUCAGUUUUUGAAAACCGUUAAAAACUUCAAACCAAACAAAAUUAUUAACAUUCAUUUUUACACAGAUUAUGUUUUAUUAUUUUUUAACUGUCAACUAAUAUUAUCUAUACAUUUUUAAUGACUUUAUUAUUUUGUUGGUAUUUAAAUUAUUAAAAAAGUAAAUUCUAUUUUGUCACCUAAACUUUGGCUAUACAUAUAUUUAACGAUAUACAUAAUAAUAUAAAAUAUACUAAACUUAUAAAACAGAUAUUUUUUCAUUUAAUUUAUUUAUGUAAAAAAAAACAAUACUUUUAAAUGAAAAACAAAAUUGAAAGAAAAUUUAAAAUAUUUAUUAAAAUAUUUUAUGCGAAAUCUUAAAAUCUAUAAAUUUAUUAUAAAAAAUGAGUGUGUGUGUAUCGAACAUAAAGUUGAAAAAAAAGGUUGAAGGUCAAUUUGCAAACAGAUAAAUUACAGCAAACUUUCACCUAAAAACCACUGUUUUUAUGCAUAUUUUUUUUCUUUUAUUUUUUAACUUUAAAAACAUAAUUUUGUUUAUUGAAUGCCACCAACUUUUUUUUUAAUAUUUACUAUGAUAUUGUAAGCUAAAAAAGAAAACAAAACAAAAUUAUUUAUUUUUGUAUAAUCUUAUUUUAAUUAUUUAAAACACAUUUUUUUAAAUAUUUGUAACUCAAACUUUUGAAAUAUUGUUUAAAUUUUUGCCUAAAAAACACAUUAUACAUGAAUUAUACUAUACAUAUUAUUAAAAAAAUAAAAACGUUUAAAAUAUAUUUAAUAACAUUUAAUUAUAGCUUAGUUGAAGA